GUCUCGACGACGGCGCCAACGCUACCGGGUCUCCAACGGCGAUACAAAUUUCGUUACUCAAUAACGAGGUAAACCUUGGAAUUACGAUGACGACUCCUGGGGCCAGUCGAGAUUGUCGUGAAACAGACCUGACAACUGAGCGGUGGUCGCUCACCACGGAGGUGUGUCCCAGUUGGGAAAAUGCUAGUCGCUCCUCCGAAAGGCAAAGCGGCAUCACAGCAGUGAUGAGCACCGCAGUGUGCCAGGCAGAGACUGGGCUUGGAGCUGGGCCGGGUCCGGCACAGGGGGCCUGCUGCUCAUCUUUGGCAUUCCUCCUAUUCCUCCGCGGACCGUCCGCCUCUCUCCCGAAUUCAGAGUUUGUUUCUGAGCAGCGGCUUUUCCGGACCGGUUGUGGAUCGAUCAUCGUCUGUUCUGGCCUGCCUGUCCACAAUUCCACCGCCUUGCCUGCCUCGCACUUUGGGAGCUCCGGGUGUGCCAGGCCACGGAACGGCACAGAAGGGCGGCUUGGUGAUGGGGUCAAGCGGAGUUGGGGUGCGUUGGUCAGCAUCGCACGAGACACCCGGGCCAGAGCAUCAGCCAGUUGCAGGUACUUGUUCGACACGGUUUUGGCAGAGCAUGCAAUAGUGAAGGCUGAACGUGAGGUACCUGGAAUGGAGACAGAUGGGCGAAGGGGCCGAGGGUAGUGUAAGGUAGGGGGAGGCCAACUUCAGAUCCCGAAGUUGCUGGGGGGCCCCCCAGGCCCCGCGUAAGAAACAGAGUUUUGAUCCAAAACCUAGACAGCUUGUGUGGCUUCCACAUGGUUAUCAUUUUUGGAAACCCCAUCUCACUCAUCGCUGACAACGACCGACGACAAACGACAAACGUCAAAGAAGGGUUCUGCUCCGUGGAAAA